GGAAGUGGGACGUCGUAGAAUAUUCGUGGCAGUGAGUUCGUACUUUUUGGCGGUUGGUUGUGUCCAUCUUUGCAGAAAAAAUAGACAAGGGACAUUGGCUCUGGAGUGUGCCUUCCUCACAGAAGAACAAAGAUCUACACAUCGCUUAUGUAAAUCGUUCCGAGUUGCUAUCCAUUAUGGCAGAGCGUUGGAAGUAAAGAACAGAUGAUACUUACUGAAGGAGGCGACAUGCACGAAACAAUAACAGAGUGAUACCAGUGUAGGGAGGCCACGCAGGAAUAAAGAGGAGGUGAUACCUCUGCAAGGGACAUGGCUUCACGGCAGCAUCCGGCCUCCAGCACAGCUCAGCUUAUUAAGCGCACCGUGAAUGGCUUCCGCUACCAGGUGGCCGUCAUUACCAAGGGCCGGGCGGUGUUUGCGCAGGUGGUGGAGUGGCUGUACCAAGGGGGGCCAUGCAUUAAAACCUACUUCCUUAGUCUUGGAUACACAGAUACCGACUAUAGACGGAAGUUUAACAACGAACAAAGAGCUUUGCUCGAGAAGAAGGCUCCAUUCCGAGAGUUUGACAUCUCAUUUCUGUACAUCAUUCUCCAGCUCUUGUGUGGACUGGCUGCCCCCAAUAACCCUGCAUGGACUUCCCCUCAAAAAGGGCAGCCUUUAGAACAUCUUCUCUACAAGAUAAAACAGAAGAGGAACCAUUUUGCGCACUCAAACGAUGUCCAGCAGAUGUCGGACCAAAAACUGAUUAAGGAGUUCAGAAAACUGAAGUGCCUGUUCUCCAGGAUCAUCAGACGGGCGGGAUGUCAGAGUGGGAUUCGGCCAGACGUCUAUCGCGACGAGGUAAGCGAAAUCAAGGUCGACUUCCAAGACCUCCUGCAGAAGGUCAGGGAACCUCUCCAAGGCUCAGACCUAAGCCUGCUCCCACAGCUGCAGCAAGAAAUUAAAGUGUUCAAGGAAAAGCUUCAGCGCCAACUUGAGGACGACUGUCGGAGGGAGUUGCACAGUCUCUACCCCUCACAAUGGGACGUUACUCUUGCACAGUGGCUGUAUCCAGAUCUCAAACUGCAUCCGAGCCAGAACUUCACGAGCCUUGUGAUCAAGGAAGAUUCUUCGUCUCUUACCCAAGCAGGGCAGCGGCCUAUGGACGUUCCUCACAAAACUCUGCUGAAGGUCACGUGUGAUGGUCAUCUACCUCAGGUGAUCAUAAUAUCAGGAGAAGGAGGAAUAGGAAAAACCACUCUGCUGAAAUACAUGCUGGAGAUGUGGGUGAGAGAUCCCUCGCAAAUCGAGGGCCUUCAAGACGUCUCGCCCCUUCUCUACCUUCAACUCCGAGGCUCCAACAUCAGCAGCUGGAAGGAAAUGUUUAAGAAUCUCCUUUGCAACACAUUUAUGGAAUCUGGACUUACUAUGGACACCUUCUUAGAUAUAUUUCAGGCAAUGCAUGUUGUUGUGCUUCUGGAUGGUUAUGAUGAAGUAAACAAGAAAACAAAGAAACUUAUUGCCGACCUGCUGACCUAUCAAGGCAACAUGCGCAUUGUCAUAACCACAAGACCAGAGUGUGCGAGGGAACUGACGCAGAUGAUGAAGAACAAGAGGCUGGUAAUGAAUGUUGAAAUCCAGGGGAUUCGCCGGGAAGAUCGGCCACACUUGGUUGAAAGUACUGUGGCAGCUCUUGUAGAGAAUCCGGUCCUCAAAGACAAAAUGAAGGACCAGGUCCUGCAACAUCUGGAAAACCUUCAGUUGCAAAAGGACGAGUUGGACAUGCCUUUAGCGAUCGUCCUCCUGGUCAUCCGUGAGGCGGAGGCCUCGGACGACAGCCCAGGAAACAUCUACGACGAACUGACGGCUCUCAUGAUGGGCAAGAUAGAGGAGAGGUUGGUCUUGAAGGGCGUUGAGGACGCGAAUGAGAAAAUCCAAGCGUACCACGAGUUACAGAAGACAGUCGCUCCCUGGGGUGUGAAGAGGCUGGGAAGCGACCGAAGAGCAGAAGGCACUGAACAGUUGAAAGCAAAGUGCAAUAGUCUCAACUUACCGCACCGAGAAAUGCUGUCGGGGUUUCUCAUUUCGAAAAAGUCUUAAUAAGCACUGUUUGUACAUUAGACUUCAUCAUCAUGUAGUUAAUAGUUAUGCUGUAAAUACAGUUGCUAAAGAUGUCUGUAAAAAUAGUGUAUUAUAUGUGUAAGAGGACAUUGAAUGAAAGAGCAUGUGAAACCAAAGUUAUCUGUACUAUAUGAUGAGCUACAACGCUUAGGUCAUCAAGGGCAGAUACUCAUUUUGUCAGGUCCUGAGGAUCUCAUUGCAACAGUCGCAAUACUGGAAAUGCCCAAGGCAUUCGACAUACUCAGACAAACGAACAGUUGCAGAGUCAGUCCUCCACGCUGUCGACUGUCAGGAACAAAAGGUAUCCCACACUUGAACAAACAACGAUGGCAAGAGACCUAGGAAAUAUCCUUCUGUCUUUUCCCAAGGCGUGCUCGAACCGGACUCGUUCAGGCAGUCUUUCGCAGCCGCAAGCCAGAUGGCGACUUUUGGGAACGCAGAGAUGCAUCUGUGUCCUAGAUCUCCAGACAGCACAGAGAGAGAGAGAGAG